GAUAUUUUUUCUCAACUGACUGCCGGAUGGAUUUCUUGCGGGAGCUCGUUUACCUUCUUUCUAUCCCGUUGUAGUGAAAUGUAGUAAAUAUUUUGAAUCUACAAUAUUUUUACAAACUCGCCAUGAAGUGAAACGUCUUCAAUUUAUUGUUUUAUUUAUUAAGUAACAGAUAACAGAAUAACAAUUAUAGGUUUCGUUAUCGUAUCCAGGAAAAAAGCCUUAUCCUCAUUUGGGUCUAACCAUGCCUCGUAAAUGCCGUAAAUUUUUGGAAAAGUCAGGCAACCCAGGACCAUUGUCUGUCCUUAAAGCUCUCGACAAAUCACUGAUGCUCCUUCUCUGUUCCACCCCCAGCUGGUCAUCAUCAGGGUCAUGUUGUGCACUUUGUGGAAGAUCUGAAGAGCUGGACUUGAUCAAACUUAACCUUGUCCAGUUUUAUAUUCAGUCCAUGAAACCAAACACGUUCUUGGGAUUUUGCUACAAUGAUGUCGACAGUAAUGAAAUGGUGAAUGGAUUUUGCGCCAGUUGCGCUCAGGCUGUGACAGAAUUGAUGACACAAUACAAUAAGAUUCGUCAAUAUGUGAAUGUCUUCAAUAAGGCGAGAGUUGAUCUGCUGAAGACGGCUGUGACCGCUUUGCUUGUCAAAGAAAAACCAGCAAUGACGGAAACAUUGGUAGAAAAUGUCGUUAAAUUUUGGUGUGACCGGGUUGGAGUAAUUUCUGUUGAAAAUUGUGACAUCAAGGUUGAAAUCGAUGAUAAUAAUCAAUCCGAACAAACAAAUGCUGAAAAUGUUGAGGACUUUAUGAUAAUUCCUGACAGUUUGAGGAAAGAAGAAGUCGACUUUGGAGAAUUUAAUCCUUACAUAAAGUUAGACAAAGACUUUAAGUUGCUACCCUGUGAUAUGGCUGAAACUUGUAUUAAGGAAGAAGAAGAUGCUUUGCUACAUCACGGUGAUGAGAGCGUUGACUUAUUAGAAGGUGAAGGUUGCAAGGGCAAUAAUGAUGAUAAGCAGCUCAACGGACCAUCUUUUGGACGAUCUCUGAGAAGUAGACGUGGUAAUCAACAGCCCUCAAUUAAACAAAAAGCUUCUGAUACGGAAGAAGAGGAUGAACAGCAAUUUGAUGAUGACACGAAUGAUAGUUGGUACCAGAUGGAUGAGGGUGACCUUAGUGAUAAGGAGGAGAGCAAUACUAGCGACCACGAUCAAGACGAUUCCGAUAUCGAAUUUAAGCCAACUUCAAAAGUUGGUGCUUCAGGUAAACGGAAAUCAAAUAUCAAGUCGGAUCGAAUUCAGAACAAUGACACGACGGGGAGUAAGAAGAGAAUUCGACGCCGUGAACCUACCCAAUGUCCCUUAUGUGGCAAGUGGUUGAGUCAAAAACAAAAUUUAACUCUUCAUUUACGAAUUCAUUCUGGUGAAAAACCAUACAAGUGUAAGAUUUGUCCGCUCGCAUUUUAUAAGGGUUCCAAUCUCAAAUCACACAUUCGUGCUGCACAUGAGAAAGAUACUAGUCAUAAGUGUGACAAGUGUGGAUCUGGUUUCCCAGAGAAAAAUCGACUAAGGCAUCACAAAGCGGUCGUCCACUCCGUUUACGAAGGUUCGGAUGUUCCUUUGCAGUGCUCCCUAUGUGAUCAACAGUUUUUGCUGCCAUCCUACCUAAAGUAUCACAUGGCCAGUUCGCACAAUCAAAAUAAGCCAAAGCCAACCAGAGUGUCCACCUGUGACCCAUGCGGGGUUUCUUUCAGACUAGUCAAAGAUCUCAAAAUGCACAAAAAAUCAGAAGAACAUAUACAGAAAAUAAAAGAACAAUCUGACAAGCCCUGUACUGAUACGAAGACUCAAGCGAAAAUAAAACUUGUAGCUAAAACAGAUCAAAAGGAGAAGACCAGUAGAUCAAAGCCUAUUUGUAGACCUUGUACUGAACCUGGGUGCGCUGAGGUAUUUCCAGAUAUGAGCUCUAUGAUGAAACACCGAUAUAGAGCGCAUCCCGAUCGACCAAAACUACACCAGUGUGAGAUUUGUGGCAAAUCAUUCCACGACUUUUCUAAUCUCAGUAAGCAUAUUCGUUUACACAGUGAUUCAUACCGCUUUCACUGUGAUCAAUGCGGGGAAAAGUUUCACCACAAAACUCUCUUCAAGAUACAUAUGACUGCACACACUGGGACGUUUGUCCACGAUUGUGAGUACUGUUCAAAAGGGUUCAAUGACAUUAAAAAGCUUCGAAGACAUUUGAUAGAGUCACACCCAGAAAAUGUGCUAAAAGAUAAACCCUUUAUUUGCAAAUCAAUGUGCUGGUUAACUUUUACCACCCAAGAAGAAUACGACGAGCACAUGAAACGUCAUGAACAAACCUGCAAAUGUGACAUUUGCGGCCGUAUGUUUCUCAAUGCGACACAUGUGAAACGACACAGAUUAAUACACACUGGAGAAAAACCCUUUAAAUGCUCCUAUUGCAACAAAGCCUUUAACUCCAGGGAAAAUCUUAAGGAACAUGAAUUUCGGCAUACGGGAGAGCGCCCCUAUAAGUGUGACCUCUGCGAAAAGGGCUUCUUUAGGAAGAAAGAGUUAACUACACACAAAGAAUCACCUUGCCAAUAAAUAUUAUGGAAACGAAACAUGGGUGGUAUAAAAGAAGCCAGAUAUCGAAUCUUACCUAGUCAAAUAGCAGGUUCAAAUUAGUGUAUGGUUUAUAAAGAACUACGCAGUGUAAUACGUAUGUUAGAGUCAAUCUGCAAUGAAACAUAAUUAGUAAAUCUGUAUAAAGGUGUCUAUGCAAAAGUUUCAGAAGAAUCAGAGUAAUGUUUUAUCCACGUUUCAAAUUUUGUUUGCUUUUAUAUUUGAAUAAUCAAUUCGUUAAGUGCCUUUGUUGUAAAUCUUUCAAUGACGUUAUAAUACAUGCUUAAUUAUGUGUGUGCAAAGG